AUGGAGCUGUGCACGUUUAACGUAAACUACGGGUACCUGGAAGGCAUCGUGCGGGGCUACCGGUCCUCGUUCCUGUCGCCCAUGGACUACAAGAAGAUGGGCGUCGCCGAAACGCUGGAGGACCUGCGGACGGUCCUGGAGGCGACGGAUUACAAUUCAGCAUUUAUCGACGAGCAGGCGCAGAUAACGACUAAGCUCAUAUCGCGGCGCUGCAGGGAGAAACUGGCUUCCGACUACGCGUACCUGAGGCAGCAGUCGGACGGAGACUUGGCGUUAUUUUUGGACUUCAUAGCGCGGGAGAAGAUGAUCGACAAUUUAAUUGCCCUCCUCCAGGGAUUGCUGAAUAAAACGGAUCCGGACGAGCUGAUGGACAGAAUUGAUCCGAUAGGAUGGUUCAGAGGAAUUAAGGCGCUAAUAAACUCGGAAAUAGGCCAGUCGGCCGAGGAACUGUACUUUGAUAAAAAUCACAUAAAACACCCAGGGCCGUAUUUUGAAAGGUAUCUGCCAACAGUUACGUACACCAGGGGCUCCAGCAGUAGCAUAGAUAAAACGCUGAAGACGCUGGACGCAGCGAACAUCGCGGUCAUGAAGGCCAGCCUGAAGAAGAUGUGGCUGGAGGACUUCUACAACUUCUCAGUCUCGCUGGGAGGGACCACAGCCGAGGUUAUGGGCCACAUUCUGAAGACCGAAGCGGAUUUCAAGGCACUUUCACUCACGCUCAACUGCCUUAACAUGACGCAGGCGACGGCACUUCACGACAGGAACAAGCUGUACCCCUCGAUUGGGUACCUGUACCCGUACGGCACGGACAAACUCUGCAAAGCAUUCAACGAAUCUACAGUUCAAGCGGCAUUGGUGCCAUACCCGAAGUACGCGGAGCUCUAUGAGUCAUCGAAGUCUAACUACCACUCCGAAUCCAGAGCGUCGAGGUACGACGGCACGGAAAAGUCACUGGAGGACCUGUUCUACGCAGAGAGCGUGCACCUGUGCGAAAUGAGCUUUGAACAGCAGUUACACUUUGGAAUCUUCUACGCCUGGGUCAAGCUCAAGGAGCAGGAAAUAAGGAACAUAACCUGGAUCGCAGAUAUGAUACUGCUGCGAAGAAGAGAGGAAAUAUCGCGUGUUUUGCCAAUAUUUAAGUCGAGAGUGUGA